UUAUGUUUUUAAUGAUUUAUUUAAUCAAUCAAUCUACAUUUUGAAUACUGCAGAGCUCUUAUAAUUUCUGUAGGACAUUAUGCAAUCCUACAGGACAGUAUGUGGGAAUGUACCCCGUCCUGUAGGAUUUUCAUUCUGUCUUGCAGGAUUCCUGUAUGAUCCUGUAUGUAAAUAAAGACUUUUAUUUUGAUCGGAUGGUGUGACGUCGUAAGGAUGCGCCCCGAGCGUGCAUCUGUUGUGAUUCAGCUGAGGAAAUGUUUGUGUUAAGUAUUUUACGGUGUUUAAAUCGAUACAAGCAACGUAAGAUAGCUAAAUAAUUAUUUAAUUUAGCAUUGCAAUACUUUGUAUAACAUAAAUGAACCUUAUUUUUGUUAAGUAAAUCGCAUCCGCUCAUGAGUAACACUACAGUAAACUUGCAUCUCGUUUCGCUCUCUAAAUACUGAAUCAGAGUUUGGUCACUGGCGAGUAGUGAUGGAGAAAGGGAGCUUUUCGAAACUCCGAGUCAAUUGAAUCAAAUACUUUGCAAAAUGAUUCACUGAUUCGAAGCGCUUGAAUAACCGCACGCUGACGACACCAGCUGCUUGUAAGCAGAACAAAAACAAACGUGUAAUGACAACUUUUACAAACCAACUGCAAAUUAUUUUAAGUGUAAUAUUAAAUAUCUACAAUGUAGAUAAAGUUUGUAUAAUUUGCAUGAUGUUAAUUUUUAUUGCUAAUUAUUUUAUUAUUAUUUUAUCAGGUCAUUUAAGUCCAUUAACUCUGACUGACUCUCUUACCAGUGCACUGAACUACUGAACUAGAUCUGAUUGAAACACACCCAGAAAUUUAGUUUGGAUUUAUUGUUCUUUCUCUUAAUUAUUCUCUUCUUAAGACAAACACACAGAAAAACUCAUGUUGAACUGAGAUCCAUGUGACACACUAUUACAAAGAUGGAGAUUAUUAAAGAGGAGAGUGAAGACAUGAAGAUGGUGUUUAUUAAAGAAGAGAGUGAAGACAUAAAGUUGCCGUUUAUUAAAGAGGAGAAUGAAGACAUGAGGAUUGAAGAAACAUUCAGAGUGAAACAAGAAGAAACUGAAGAACAAAUAGACCUGAUGGCACUGAAAGAGGAGACUGAAGUGAAUGAAAUGGAAGAGAAAGAUCAAUAUACAAAUCAUCAUGAUUUCAUAACUGGAGAAAAAUCUUUUAGUUGCUCACAGCCUGAAAAGACUGUCUCAGAAAAAAGAGCUCAAAAGGAAAGGACUAAAAAUCACUUAAUCUGCAAACAGUGUGGAAAAAGUUUUAAAAGAAAAGGAAACCUUAAACUCCACAUGAGACUUCAUAAUGGAAAGAGCCCAUUCAUCUGUCAACAGUGUGGAAACAGAUACACUAAAAAUGUUAGCCUUAAAAGGCACAUGAGAGUUCACGAUAGAGAGAAGACUUUCACAUGCUCUGAGUGUGGAAAGAGCUUCUAUCAAAUAGGAAACUUAAUAGACCACAUAAGAAUUCACACUGGAGAGAAGCCUUUCACCUGCAAACAAUGUGGGAAAAGUUUCAAUCUAAAAGGAAAUCUUAAUUACCACAUAAGAAUUCACACUGGAGAGAAGCCUUUCACCUGCAAACAAUGUGGGAAAAGUUUCAGUCAAAAAAGAAACCUAUGCAGACACAUGAGAACUCACACUGGAGAGAGGCUGUUUACAUACACUCAGAGUGGAAAUAAGACUAUCAUUCAAGACAGGAACCUUAAAGUUCACGAGAGAGUUCACACUGAAGAGAGACCUUUCAACUGCCAACAGUGUGGAAAGAAAUACACUCACAUAGGAAGUCUUAAUAGACACAUGAGAACUCACAAUGGAGAGAAGCCUUUCCCAUGUUCUCAGAGUGGAAAGACUUUUGACCAACAUGAAAAACUUGAAGUCCACAAGAAAAGUCAUAAUGGAGAGAAACCCUACAUGUGCACUCAGUGUGGAAAGAGUUUCAAUCAAACAGAACACCUUAAACUCCACUUGAGAAUUCACUCUGGAGAGAAACUAUAUACGUGCCAUCAGUGUGGAAAGAGUUUCAAUCAAAUUGGACACUUUGUAGACCACAUAAGCAUUCACAGUGGAGAGAAGCCUUUCACCUGCGAACAAUGUGGGAAAAGUUUCAACCGAAAAAGAUACCUAAACAGGCACGUGAAAGUUCACAAUGAAAAGAGGCUUUUCUCCUGCCAACAGUGUGGAAGAGCAUUCACUAACAAGGGAAACCUUAGCAGGCACAUGAGAACUCACAAUGGGGAUAAGCUUUUCACAUGCCCUCAAGUGAAUAGUUUGAAUCAAGAAGGACAACCUUAAAUUACACUUAAGAAAUGACUCUGGAGUGCUUUCAGUGUGGAAAGAGUUUCAAUUAAAUAGGACACUUUGAAGAACACACAAGAAUUCAUACGGGAGAGAAGCCAUUUAAGUGUUAAACACUUACCAUUAGGAUUCAUGUAUGAGAGAACUGUUUUAUGCCAUCAGUGUAAACAGGAAUCAUCAUAUGAAUCAUGUAACAACACCAGAGAAAAGCCUUUCAUGAGACGUCACUGUGCAAAGACUUGCAGAAAAAAAAUCAAACAUUGAGGUUCACAUAUACUCGGGCAGAGUACUUUUUCUUUCAAGAUAAAAUUAAAAACUUGUACGGAAACAAA